GAGUGGGGUUGUAGAAUUUGGCGAUGUUGGUGAGCACAGCGGAAGAGACAAUGAUCCCUCAACACGGCGGCGGUUAAUCCAUAUUCCUUCUCCCAAAAAAGUUGAAUUUUUUUACACGUGUUUCUUUAUCACUGGAUGUUCUAAUCCCCCCUCAUCGUUGUUUUUUUCUCUCCCAAUUUUCCAUUCCCUAAUUUUCCCCAAUCUCUUCGAUGGCCUAAUGGGACUGAAAUUGGAAGAAGAGGUACGGCGUUGGACGACCCUUUGAUUUCAGAUCACAUCACAUGGAUCCCUUAGAGGAUUCUAGUUGUUGGGAUUUUCUCGAUUGCUCCUUCUUCCCCGACGCCGACAAUCUUAUUAACCCUUCACUCCAUCCUUUCUGGCCUCCUAAUCAUUCCAGGAGGGAUUCUUUAGCGGAUACUGAUGUUUCAGCCGGUCAUCUCGAAUCUGAAGAAAAUGAUUGUUCCAGGAAGAGGGCGCGAGAUGGGUCGUGCGCUGGAGCAUCUUCAAAAGCUUGUCGUGAGAGGUUACGGAGGGAGAAAUUAAAUGAUAGGUUUCUAGAUUUAAGCAUUGCUUUAGAACCUAGUAGACAUACCAAAACUAACAAGCCGGCUAUACUUGAUGAUGCCAUUAGAGUGUUAAAUCAACUUAAGAAUGAAGCCGAAGAACUCAAACAAACAAAUGAAAAGUUGCGAGAAGAAGUGGAGAGUUUAAAGGCAGAGAAGAAUGAUCUUCGGAAAGAGAAAAUAAUUCUAAAAGAAGACAAGGAAAAAAUGGAACAACAGUUGAAAUCUAUAGCCAUUCCAUCUCCAGGGCUUAUACCUGGUCAUCCAGCUGCAUAUCAUGCUGCUUCAGGUAAGAUGGCUGUUUUUCCUGGUUAUGGUUUGAUCCCAAUGUGGCAAUAUCUUCCUCCAUCAAUACGAGAUACAUCUCAAGAUCAUGAGCUCAGGCCCCCUGCUGCUUAGUUUAUUUAAUUUUUAACACCUUUUAAAUAACUAGAGUAGACUUUCUCUCUUUCUUUCAUCCAUCCAUCCGUCCAUUUUUGCUUCACCAGCAUGUAAGUAUUUAUCUCAACACAUUUCCUGAUUGUUCUUCAAAACAAUUAGUUCCAAAAUGGAACCACAAUUUGCAAGGACUACUGUAUACUCCUUUUUUUUAUAUAUAUAUUUUCAACUCAAUGUCGAUUAUCUA